UUUCGAGCAUCUACGUAACACCAGUUUUGAGGUUAUCGAUUUUACGGUGUUUUGGAGCGGAUGGUUUUUUAUCCGCAUGACAAUGAUGAUUCAAAUAAUAGUUGGUUUGAUUUUUUAAUCUCUUACUAAAUAUGGAUCGGCUUUAGUAAAUAAAACCUGUUCUAUUUUUCUAUCAGUACAAUAAAUCUAUGUCCACCUAUAAUUUUUUUUUGCUGCAAAGUAAGCUACGAUUAUUUCAAUGGGCACGCAAUAAUCAGCAGUUUUCUACGUGAUAUCGUGAUAUUUACCAGUCGAGAUGGAUUUCCAAGAAACGUUCCACUGUAAUGGCAAAGUUAAUUUAAAUGAUUGGGAAUUAAACGAAAAUAAUUUUGUGCUCAGAGGUGAGCUCGAAAAUGUGUCGUUGCACUCAAUGGAACGUAAUUCAUUUGAGACUGAUCUACGCCUAUUCGACCAUGUUUUGCCUGCUUCCACUGCCAUUCUGAACCUUCCACAUUUUUCCAGAUGCAUGGAAAUGCAGCUGAAAAUCCUCAAUCGUCAUGAAUCUCCUGAUCGGAUAAAUUUUGCAGCUAAAAACAAAGAAACAGAUUUCUAUGAAAUUCGCAAAUCUAUAUCCGAUUUCGUCUCCUAUAUAAGAGCUUAUCUCUUCAGUUUGGAGCAACAAUGUCAGGAAGCAAAACAUUCGUUUCUUCAAAUGGAAAACGAGUUGGACGAUACACUGAGUACUUUGCGAAGAUUCUUUGGACGACUGCGUGACAUUUCAGACUCAAUUUUCCACUAUGCGCCUUCGAAUCUUGGAAAUAAGAGCACUCAACCAGAAUUCCACUUAUACCACAUGCAUUUAGAAUUACGCUGGCUUUUCAUAACGAUUAUCCACUCGAGAACGGUUUAUUCCGAAUCGUCGAAUUUAAGUACUGAGGAUCUUGAUAGUACUUUGCAAUUGGUUAUUGAUGAUCUUAUUUAUGUUUCUCUGAAAAUGUUUGAACGAAUCAGCUUAACGGACCUGAGACUUAGGACUCCAUACAGUUGCACCUGCAUCCGAGAAUUUUGGCUAAUGAUUCAAAUUUUUCUUGAAGAUGUUGGAUCCAAAACAAAAUGCAAAACUUUCUGGGAAUACGUAAAUUUCACAGUCGACAAACUUUUGCGACCAACAAAUGGAGAAGCUGCACAAAAAAUAUUUUGGCAUCUUGAGGACGAACAAGAGUUGCCUAGAUCGAAAAAUCCAGAGUUGUUCGCUGCUUGGCUCAUUUAUCAUUUGGCACUUUUACACGGCUACAAUUCAAUUGGAAUUUACAUUGGCUCCUCAUCGACCAGGGUCUCCCCGAAUUAUGAACAAAUGGAUAAAAUUCUAAAGGGAUUUGUGAGUAAAGGUGGGAAAGAUGGGGAUCGGGACGAACUCGAUGAUGAAUUGAGAGUUAUGAUCCCACUGCUCCGAGUACUCGUCGACGAAUGGUGGCCCUUCAGAGUCCAGAUAAUAUCUUUUCUUUGGGAUUGUUUUCAUAGAAGAUUGGAACAACCAUUCUUGCUUCAAACUUCGGGACCUUGGUCCGCUUCUGUGGAAAAAAUAAGUCCCUCGAGCAUGCUGAAGCAAAUACGCGAUAGAAUCGACGGAAAUAUCGACCAGGGCAAAGAAUCGAGUUACGGAAUGUUUUUACGUUUUCUUGGAACAUUUUUACGAAAAAUUUAUGACAAGAAUGACACGAGACUUUGGAAUCAGGUAAAAGGACGAAUUUAUUCGAAAUUCUCGAAAAUCAAAGUCCAGGAAUUCGGAGAAGCUGGCUUAUAUAAUUUCAUCACACUUUUUCUGACCCUCGCUCUGACUGCCGACACUACCAACGUCUGCUCGGUGAUGCUCGACCUACUCCCACCUGUUGAAGAAUUGACUAAUGAACGAGGAAAACGAUACAAUCUCAGUUGGAAAGGAAAACUGGCUGUGCUUUUGCUUUACAACGAAAAUUCCAUGAGUCUAGAAAGUAUUGUGACUCAUUUUGUCAACGUGGUAAACGCGAUCAGUUGUCGGAAUGAUGAUAAUUCGAGAUCAAUGAUGGACAGCUUCGUUGAGACUUUUGGUCAAAUAGUAAAAACCAGUGGGAAAUUCGAUAACGGCGAAUAUUUAUUCGUGGUUGGAUGGAUCGAUCGAUAUUUAUUAGAGUGUCCGAAAAAUCGUAGAGGACCUUUGAUCAGAAUAUUGUUGGAGAUAUUAGAAAAAUGUUCGAAGCUGGACAGCUCUCGCGUUGAUUCUGGGGCUUACAAAAUCCUUGAUGCUCUUUGGUCUCUCGUUGCCGGUCGAGUUCGACAGCUGGUUUUCGAGCCUCCAAUAAGUGGUAACAAUUACGUUGACCUUGCUAAGCUGGCUGAAGCUUUUACUGUAGAAGCUCUGAGAAACCCUGCACAAGCGAAACGUCACAAACAUUCUCCUGUUUCCCUUUUUCAACAUUUCACCUCGUCGGUCAUCGUUGCAGACGUCAGAAUAACAAAAGUCUACUUGGUUUUGAUCUUGAGAAAACAUCACGUCGUUGGAGAUUUGAUAAAGGAAGUGAAGCAUUUCGAUCUACUGGUUAUUCAAGCAUGGGUAAAAUGUUGUAUUCUUGGCCAAGAUACAAGACAAGACGAAGACAUGAGAUUUUUGAAAAAUCAGGUCUCUCAAUUCUCAGAAGUGUUGCAAUUAUUCUCUGGUGAGAUUGAAAUUCUUGAAUUUGAAACGAGCAAUGAAUCGAUUUUUUAUUUCUUCGAUGCUAUUGCAAAACACAGAAAAUCUUUGAAGACUGAACAAGAACGAAACAUUCUGGACGCAAGAGUGCGACUGUAUUUCAAUAAAAUCGAUAAAUGGGCGAUAGCACCGAUUAACGAGGAGAGCAGGGAAAGUGAUCUUGCUUUUUGGAUUUACAGGUGUAUCGGAACUUUGAUUUUGUCCUGCUCCACGGUAUUGUAUGUCAAGAAUCAAUCGAACAACAUGCUCAGAGUGCUCGUGAAUAAAUUUGUUCUUACGACGGAGCCAGUUUCGCAAGCAUAUCUAAAAAAUCUUGGAAAACGAAUAUUUUCGAUGGUAAUGUUAGGAAUUGAGUCGUUGAGUGCACGGAGUGACUUGUCACUUCAAGCUUUAAUACGUGAUCUUUUCGAGGCUUAUUUGCCUCUUCUGGUGACAGUAAAUACAGGAAAUAUCAAGGUAGCUGAAUCUUUGUUACAAUGUUUUGCUGACGCAAAAAUCGAUUUUUCCUGUUUGUUGUUUGAGAAAUUGGCAGCCAGUUUUAUCAUCGUUUCUACUGACAAUACGACUCACAAACAUUGUUACUUGGUGAUGAUACUGCUCAGAAAUUUGUUGAAAUCAGGAAAAUUGUAUGGAAAUCACAUAAUCGAAUUCAUCGUUGCAAUUUGCGUGCCAAACGUCAUCUCGUGUUUCUUCAAAGUUCACAAUCUUCAUCCACACAGACAGCAAACUUUAGAUUUAGUUUCUGAAAUUACAACGAAUCCGUAUUAUCGCGAGGACUCGGUGCUGAGAGAAAAAUUCAGAAGCGGAGUUACUACAGUGUUAUUGAAAUUUUUGACGUUCAACACUCAAUGUACAUUCGAUUUCUUACGUUCGAUGAUUAAAAUCAACGAAGGGAUUGUGAGUAGUACGUUACCAGAAAUUGAAAAAGUCGUUGCCGAUCUAGAGAAAUCGAGGCGACCAAACGCAGCUUCUCUCAGAUAUUCACUUAGCCAACUGAAAAAUAUUCUCGGAAAUUCUUAAACGAUUCACGCUAAUUGGGAUGUCGACAAAAUAAAAAAAAUAAAAUCAUUGAUCACUCAAGCCGAUUAACUGCAGCGUGAAGACUGUCAACGUGUCGUUGGAGCACUGCAUUUUGAGCUUCGUAAUCUGAAGUCGCUUUCCUCAACUGUCGCAGCUCAGUUUCGCAAGCUAUAUCAUGUAAUGAUGAUAAAACGAAAAUUAAUUAUGUUUGACAAUGAAUCUGCCUAAAAAAUUCUAACUAAAUUUAAUUCGAAUAGAUCUUCUGUUUUUUUUCUAAGUGGCUCCGUCUACAUUCCUCGAUCAAUUGAAAAUGGUGUACAUUUUUGUUUAUUAUAAUAUACGGAGAAGAUAAUA